CUUUCUUUGAUUCUUCUCAGACUGCAAACGCUUGUUCUUCUUCGUCUUCGUCUUCGUCUUCUGAGCUGCCACAUUGAGAAGAGCGACGACAAGGAGAUGGAGGAGAAGUCCUUGGACAUGGUGAUGGUUCCCCUGGGUCUGCUGUUACUGGCCACCUACCAUCCGUGGCUCCUCUUCACCAUCGCCAGAGAUCCCAAGCGCACCGUCAUCGGCCUCAACGCUCAGGCGAGGGAACGCUGGGUGCGAGCCAUGAUGACCGACACGACGCAGAACGGCGUGCUGGCAGUGCAGACGCUGAGGAACAACAUCAUGGCGUCCACCGUGCUGGCGACCACCGCCAUCACCCUCACCUCCGUCAUCAGCGUCUUCGUGAGGCUCACCACCACCACCGCGUCCGCCUCCCUCUUCCUCUACGGCAACGAGUCCCCCGCCGCCUACACCAUCAAGUACUUCACCAUCUCCCUCUGCUUCAUCCUCGCCUUCCUCGGCAACGUCCAGUCCAUACGCUACUACGCCCACGCCAGCUUCCUAGUGACGACGGGUGAAGCCGGCGGUGUGCCGGCCGACUACGUGGCCCGUAGCUUGAACCGGGGGAGCUUCUUCUGGUCGCCGGGGCUCAGGGCCUUCUACCUGUCCUUCACUCUCUUCCUCUGGAUAUUUGGGCCGAUUCCGAUGCUGGCGAGCAGUGUGGCGAUGUGCUGCCUCUUCUUCUUCUCGGACACCACCACCGAGUUCUUCCACGUCUCGGCCACCGUAAAGGAAGUUGGUGUUACAGAGGAAGUCUGA